AUGCCCCCUCGACAGCACCCCUCCUACCCCACCGCCCCCUCCUAUCCCACUGCCCCCGUGUCGCAAGGGAACGGAAAUGCAUGGGGGAAGGGCCAUGUACCGCCCGUCCCUGCGCUACCGGACUGGUCUCCACCUCCUGUCCCCGGUGCUGCCGCAUACUCGCCCUCGGUAGGCGGCACCUCGAUAGCAGAUACCCUCCGCGGCAAUACGCCCUACCGCCGCCGCAGGCGUCAGAACAAAGAUCCUCUAGCCACGCCCGGUACGCCCGGUACACCAGGGGCCGGGGCCGGGGGCGGGGCGGAUGGAGAAGAUUGGGCAGAGGUGGAGCCUGAUGAGGUGUUUAGGCGAUUACCGGUGGGGGAGGUGAAAAGGAUUGAGGCAAAGAUGAGGAGUGAGGCGCUGGGAAAGCAGAGUGAAUUGAGGUCAAUGGUCGGGACGAGGUACAGAGAUCUCCUCACCUCUGCAUCGCAGAUAGCCACCCUGCGGUCAUCCUCCCUCCGUCUGUCGGACAAUCUCAAAAAAGUCGUGUCGGGAUGCCUAGAUUCGACCAGUCUGGGCGACGGCGCCCAUCGGGAUGGAGUGGACGACGAUGCAGAGUCGAAUACGAGCGAGGGCGAAGAGGUUAUACAUAUGUUGCCUGUUGCAGCUCACAUGAAGCUUCUACUCGACGCUCCUGAAGCCCUGUACGCAUUACUAGGAUCCGAAAACUACCUCCAAGCCUCUUUCCUCUGGCUCAUCUCCCGCUCCACCAAAGAAUCCCUCUCCUCCCUCCCUCCCGCCCAAUCAGCGCCUUACCUGCACUUAUUCGGGAAACAGUGGGAGCUGCUCGCGCCUCUGCGGGGGACUAUAGCGCAAAGAGCUGGAGAGUCUUUGAAAGACUGGCAAGCCGACGGCGAGAGUUCGAGUUCGAGUGAGAAGGAGAAGGAGAAGGAGAAGGAGAACCAGGUGGCGGAGUGUUUGCUUGGGUUGGUGCUGGUGGAAGGACUUGCGGUUGGGGAUGCGCUGGCGUUGUUCUUGAACCAGAGGGCGAAAGCCGUCAAGGAGAUCCUCAACCACCCAUCUCCUUCUUCUUCAUCUUCUUCUUCCAAGCGUCAAUCCCUCUCCCCUCAAACAUCCCGUCGCUCCAGGGCCCGAACCAACUCGCUCCUCUCCCAAAACCCCACCAAUCCGAACCCGAACCCCACCCGCGAGCGCGAGCGUAUCGCCAAAGCACUCGUCUCCGCUGUGCAGUGCUUGCUCCAAACGGCCCAAACGGCCCGCGCUGUGUUUGGCCCGAGACCGAGAGCAAGCGGGGUCAAGGAGGGGAAUGAGAGCUUGUUUGAAGAGAAGAUUCGGUUGGUCCAGAAAGGCGAGAGCUCAGCGGGCGGGCUGGGGGUCGGGGUGGGGUUGUCGCCUUUGAAGGGUGUACAAACCCAGGCUUCGGGCCAGGCAUCAAAGCACCAAAGACGGACCAGCAGACUGUUCUCCAUCUCCCUCCCUCUCCCCGUCCCCGUCCCCGAAGCUUCUCCCAGCACCGACAAGCACGCCCAAGCGCACCACUCGCGCCCCCCCAUCUCAGCCCUCCAAACCCUCCAACCCCUUCCCUCCUCCCAGAUCCUCCUCCGCCACCUCCCAACCCCCAUCACCUCCUUCACCCCCUUCAUCACCCCCGGCCCCCGCGUCGAUGCCGACGCUGUGGUGCAAGCGUGGGAGCGCGCGUUGGUCGGCGUGUUUGGCGAGGUGCUGGCUGAGGGGUGGUUGGGCGGGCUGAAGAGUGUGAGGGAUGUGUGGUUUGUGAGGGAGAAGGUGCUUGAUGUCCUUCGUUCCUUCUCCCCCUCCCCCUCCCCCUCCCCUGGGUCGUCGACCGUUUGUGGGGAAUUCGAAAAGACGCUCGAAAGCGGAUGGACGACCCGCGUCGAAAGCGUAUGGGACGAAAACCUCGCUUGGCUCGUCACGUCGAUUCACUCCACCGUCCUUUCUGGUGCGACGGAAUACAACGCUUCAGACUCGGGCUCGGGGGGGGAUAAAGAUCCGCAAGGAUGGCUGUUCCAAGAACUUGAGCUCCCCUUCGACAACCUCCCCACCUCCUCUUCCCUCCUCUCCCUCUCCCUCUCCCUCUCCUCGCCUCCCGCUCCCGCCUCCGCCUCCGCCUCCGCCUCCGCCUCCGGUCCAAACACCACCCCCACCCCCACCCCCACCCCCUACAAAACAUUCCUCACCUCCCUCCGCGCCCGCGCCCAACUCCGCACCCCCGCCCUCGAUAGGGUCCUCUCACAGAUCGAAGCCCUCGCCAGGGGCUUGCGAGAGGAUCUGCUUGCUGUGGAUUUGCCAGCGGGUUUGAGGGAGCGUUAUGCGCGGAAGGCGGGGGCUGUUUGGGGGGAUGUUGUUGGGGCUUUGGAGAGGGUUCUUGAACAAGUGGGAGCGGUGGAGGGAGAAGGGGAGAUAGAAGGGGAGGGAGAGGGGGAGGGGGAGGGAGAGGGGAAAGGGAAAGGGAAGGCGGGGAAAGAGUUGUUCGUUGGCAGAGUAGCGCUGUACCUCUCAGAGAAGAGCGUGUUCUUACAAGACCUCGCUGGAGAAGCUGCACUCGACCGAGUGGUUAUAGAAAAAGUACAAAAGUCGUUACUCGACAUCCAUGCAAGAUCAACAAAAACCUGGCAGAAAGCCAGUAUAACCCGCGCCCUAUCGCUCCUCAGACCGCUCUUCUCUCCUCUGCGUACAUCUAUCGAAAUCACCUCCUUCUGGCCUGUCUCCCCCUCCCCAUCUUCAUCUCCAUCUCCAUCUCACGCCCACGCCCACGCCCACGCCCACGCCCACGCCCAUCCGGCUUCGCCGUCCCACCCAAUCAUCCAAGCACUCUCCGCGCUCGCCAAAGCGACAACAGAGCUAGGCAUCCCGAGCGAUGUGGUGCAGCGCGAACGCGUCGGGGUUGUGAGGGGGUUGCUGGAAACCUUUGUCGAGGGCGUUGCGGGGCUGCCGGGGUGGGGCGAGAGGCUGGCUAUCCUCAGCGACCGGGACCGGGACCGGGACCGGGAAGGCGGGGGGGCGUGGGAAGAACAAGGCGUCGUGGAUAUCAGCUUCCUCCUCUUCCUCACAGGCUCCGACGCUCUCAAACACCCUCUCGUCCAACGACUCCUCCGCACGCUACCACCGGCUUCACGCGAAGCCUUGAGUGGAUCUCUACAGGGGACCAACCUCCGAACCCUGCGCCAGACCCAGCUCCUCCUGCACCCUCUGACGUCUCAUCUGUCCCCGGGCUCUGUCUCUGUUGGGGGGACGGUGCCGGUGCCGAACGGACGGGAGAGUGUCGCCAAGGCCGGGGGUAAGGCUGUGGGUGGAGGAGGGGGUGGGGGAGGGGGAGGGUAUAGGCCGGAUAAAAAUGGGUUCUUGUUACGGUUUGGAGCGCCUGUCACGACUUCUGGGACUGGGACGGGGGCGGGGGCGGGAGGGGGCGAGUUUAGGAGCCCGGUGCCGGUUGGGAAGAUUGGUAAGAGGAUGGGGUUGUUGAGUUUGGCUGUAUGA